UUUCCGGCUCCUCCCUGGAGAGCGCGUCGGGCGGGCGCGUGAGCCGAGGCGCUGGCUGCGUGUGAAGGCGGACUAUGAAGCUUCCGAACAUCCUGCUCACCGGUACACCAGGGGUUGGAAAAACCACACUAGGCAAAGAACUUGCAUCAAGAUCAGGCCUGAAGUACGUUAAUGUGGGAGAUCUAGCUCGAGAAGGGCAGCUAUACGACGGCUAUGAUGAGGAGUACGGCUGUCCCAUCCUAGAUGAGGAUAGGGUCGUCGAUGAGUUAGAGCAGCAGAUGCAAGAGGGCGGCGUCAUUGUUGACUACCACGGCUGUGACUUCUUUCCUGAGCGCUGGUUUCACAUAGUGUUUGUGUUGAGGACAGAUAAUGGUAUAUUGUACAAACGACUUGAAACAAGGGGUUAUAAUGAGAAGAAACUACAAGACAAUAUUCAGUGUGAGAUUUUUCAAGUUCUUUAUGAAGAAGCCAUAGCAUCUUACAAAGAAGAAAUUGUGCAUCAGCUGCCCAGUAAUGAACCAGAACAGCUAGAGGACAAUAUCAACCAAAUCUCAAAAUGGAUUGAGCAGUGGGUCAAAGAUCAUAACCCUUAACUUAGAGACUGGGUGGCCAGGCACCACCGAGGUAUACACCUUUAGUCCCAGAUCUCAGGAGGCAGCAACUGGUCUACAUAGUGAGUUCUAGGCCAGCCAGGGCUGCAUAGUAAGACUGUUUCAAUGAAAACAAAGCAAAAAAGCCUGGCUAUAGUCACUCAGUCCACGUAGUAGAAGUGCCCGAGGGUAAGCAGAAGAAAACUUGUGUUGCAGGUCUAGCUGCUGCCUGGGUUUCUUUUUCUUCGUGAGAAAGGUUAAACAAUCUCAGAUAUGAAUAUAACUUACUAAAGAUUGAAAAUUGUCUUCAAAUUGAAUUGAUAACAAAUCUGAUCAAUGGGUAAAGAUCUCUUAAAUUUAAUCAGUAAAAUGUAGGUGAUCUCUUAAAAUAAAAAUGGAAAAUUAAAGAUA